UGAAAAAAAAACUCCAUGGAUUAUGUUCAAACUUCUGAACAUCUUUGCUACGUUCGUUGCAAUUUUUGCAACACUGUUUUAGCGGUUGGAAUUCCAUACAAGAGGCUAAUGGAUACUGUAACAGUGAAAUGUGGCCAUUGUAGCAAUCUUUCAUUUUUAAGUACUAGACCUCCAAUUCAAGACCAAUGCUUUGAUCAUCAACCCAAUCUUCAGGGUUAUUGUAGUGAAUUCAUAAAUAAGGGGCAAGCUUCAUCAUCUGCCUCAUCAACUUCUAGUGAACCUUUAUCUCCAAAGGCACCUUUUGUUGUAAAACCUCCUGAGAAGAAACACAGGCUUCCAUCUGCCUACAAUCGAUUCAUGAAAGAGGAGAUACAACGUAUCAAAGCUGAAAAUCCAGAGAUACCACAUAGAGAAGCUUUCAGUGCAGCUGCUAAAAAUUGGGCUAGGUACAUUCCUAAUCCACCAAAUGGAUCCUUGUCUGGAAAUACCAACAAUGUUUAGAUGUUGAAUUGAAGCAAAUAUUGGGACUAUAUUAUAUGUAAUAUUAAUGAUGUUAUCCUAUUACUUGUGAGAAAACAUGUAGGAUGGUUAAGUUUGGUGGACUUGUCCUA